GCCUAAUCUCCAAACUCAAUCUCCACAGUAGUUUGAUCUCAUAAUAAUAAAAGAACAAUGAAAACUUCAAUCUUUUUUAUACUCUCAUUCCUCUUCAUCUCGGCAUCCGCAACGACCGAUCGCAGUGCCGUUGUCGACACCGAUGGAAAUAAGCUCCGAGCGAAUACCGAGUAUUACAUCUUGCCCGUCAUCCGUGGCAUGGGCGGCGGCUUAACUUUAUCCUUCACCGGCCGUGUGAACACAACUGUCUCUUUCUGCCCACUCGAUGUCGUCCAGGCCGUGCAAGAAAUCGACAACGGACUACCAGUCACCUUCUCGCCGAUGAACCCAAAGAAAGGCAUCAUACGGGAGUGGACAGACCAGAAUAUCGAGUUUGCAGCUGCGACAACAUGCGUUCAGUCGACGGUUUGGGAGCUGACGGACCAGGACGAGGCGACAGGACUGAACUUCGUUUCGACCGGAGGGGAAAAGGGAAAUUAUGGGAGAGAGACGGUGAGCAAUUGGUUCAAGAUUGAGAAAUACGAGGAUGACUAUAAGUUGGUGUUUUGUCCCUCGGUGUGUGAUACAUGUAGGGUUAUUUGUAGGGAAAUUGGAAUAUAUAUUGACCAGAACGAAAGGAGGCGAUUGGUCCUCAGUGAUGUGCCUUUCAAGGUGAUGUUCAAGAAGGCAGAUUAAUUAAUCAUGAUUGUAAAAAUCAACCAAUUUCUAAUGAUACUUGUAUUGUUUCAUCUCCAAUGUUUCUGAAUAAGGAGAUCUUGUACAAAGGAGAAUAAGACACUUAUGUUUAAAUAAUCAAUAAAAAGAUAUUGUAAAAAAAACUUAUUUUCUAGUGUAAUAUACCCUAUUUAUCUUAAAA